AAAGUGUAGGAAAAAACAGACGACAAAUUGUUAGAGUGAACGGUUUGGCUGCCGUCGAAAUUCAGGAUAAAAACUUCUCUAGUCAAUUCUUUAUAGUUGAUAAUGGAUGAUCGGAAUAGUGAGAUAGCUCAGGAUGGUCCCGCUGGCAUGGACCCCGAGGGUGUCAUCGAGUCGACCUGGCAUGAGGUCUACGACAAUUUCGAUGACAUGAAUUUGCGCGAGGAGCUGCUGCGCGGCAUCUAUGGCUAUGGUUUCGAGAAGCCAUCGGCCAUCCAACAGCGCGCCAUCAUUCCGUGCGUCAAGGGUCGCGAUGUCAUUGCCCAGGCUCAGUCGGGUACUGGCAAGACUGCCACCUUUUCGAUUGCCAUUCUUCAGCAAAUCGACACGGCCGUGCGCGAAUGCCAGGCUUUGAUCUUGGCCCCCACUCGUGAGUUGGCCACGCAGAUCCAGCGCGUGGUGAUGGCUCUUGGCGAGUACAUGAAGGUGCACUCGCAUGCCUGCAUUGGUGGCACCAAUGUGCGCGAGGAUGCCCGCAUUCUGGAGUCCGGCUGCCAUGUGGUAGUGGGAACACCCGGUCGUGUGUACGACAUGAUCAACCGCAAGGUGCUGCGCACUCAGCAUAUCAAGCUGUUCGUGCUGGAUGAGGCCGAUGAGAUGUUGUCUCGCGGUUUCAAGGACCAGAUCCAGGAUGUGUUCAAGAUGCUGCCCCCAGAUGUGCAGGUGAUCUUGCUGUCUGCCACCAUGCCGCCAGAUGUGCUCGAGGUGAGCCGUUGCUUCAUGCGCGAGCCCGUCAGCAUUCUGGUCAAGAAGGAGGAGCUGACCCUUGAGGGUAUCAAGCAGUUCUACGUGAACGUCAAGCAGGAGAACUGGAAGCUGGGCACCCUGUGCGAUCUGUACGACACUCUGUCCAUCACCCAGUCGGUCAUCUUCUGCAAUACGCGUCGCAAGGUCGACCAGCUCACCCAGGAGAUGUCGAGCCACAACUUCACUGUGUCGGCCAUGCAUGGUGAUAUGGAGCAGCGUGACCGUGAGGUUAUCAUGAAACAAUUCCGUUCGGGCUCGUCCCGUGUCCUGAUCACCACUGAUUUGUUGGCGCGUGGUAUUGAUGUUCAGCAGGUGUCGCUGGUCAUUAACUAUGACCUGCCCUCGAACCGCGAGAAUUAUAUUCAUAGAAUCGGUCGCGGUGGUCGUUUCGGUCGCAAGGGUGUUGCGAUCAACUUCAUUACGGAUGAUGAUCGACGAAUCCUGAAGGAUAUUGAACAGUUCUAUCACACAACAAUUGAGGAAAUGCCUGCUAAUAUUGCCGAUUUGAUUUAAAUAGUUUCUGUUGAGCCACGAAACAAGAAACGCGAAAGAUAGAUCGAGAGAAUCCUAAAUAAAAAUUAAAAAGUGAGUGAGCAAAACAGCGAGAAGAAAAUCGAAGGUCUGAGAGCAAAACUAUUAAACCAAUAUUAAAAGAGAACUUCAAGCUAAAUAUUUAUCCAAACAUCAAUCCAAAAAAGGCAGAAAACAACAACACCUAUCGACAAGGACAGCAGAGAGAUCCAGGCAAACAACAUCAGAAGCAGCAGCAAACAUCAACCAAGCAGCAGUCGGCCGGGGCAAAAACACCAUACAAAAACACUAGCCGUGGAGUGGACACGCGCCUCCUCCGCCUUCCAUAGCCAAUUAGUUCUCUCACCUGUGUAACAUCAAUUCUAAAACUGCGUCGUCAACCAGCAGCAACAAAUAUAUAUACAAAUACAUAUAUGAAACAAAUCCCCAUUUGCAUCUAUCUGAAGAAAGAGUAAUAUUUAAAAACAAGCUAAACGAAAGCGAACAAUUGGCGAGCCCAACAUCUUUUUGCAAACACACACCUUUGUUUUAGCUUUUUCUAGAACUAUUGAUAUAAAUAUAUUAAAAACAAUACAAAAAACUA